AAACCCUUCUUUCUCUUUGCUUAUUGUUGAAACUGUCAUACUCAUGGCUUCAUCAACUACUUCAUUUUUGUUCAAGUUUUUCACUUUCACUUUAUCCUUAUGGGCUUUGUUUGGGAGUUCUUCUGGUCAGCUAUCGGCCAAUUUCUAUGCUAGAACGUGCCCUAAUUUCCGUUCAGUUAUAACUAGAGCUGUGAAUUCGGCUGUGUCAAGUGAAGCUCGAAUGGGAGCUUCAUUGCUUCGCCUCCAUUUCCAUGAUUGCUUUGUUAAUGGAUGUGAUGCAUCGGUGUUAUUGGACGAUACUGCAAAUUUUACUGGUGAAAAAACUGCGGGUCCAAAUAACAAUUCAUUGAGAGGAUUCAACGUCAUUGAUACCAUUAAAACCCAACUGGAGCAACAGUGCCCUGGUGUUGUUUCUUGUGCUGAUAUUCUUUCUGCUGCUGCACGAGAUGCGGUUGUUGCACUUCGUGGGCCAAGCUGGAACGUUGUUUUUGGUAGAAGAGAUUCCACAACCGCAAGCUUAAGUGCUGCAAAUUCAAACCUCCCUUCACCAGAUUCAAGUCUUAGUGCUCUCAUUUCUUCAUUUUCAAACCAAGGUUUUACGACUAAUGAAAUGGUAGCCCUCUCAGGAUCUCAUUCCAUUGGUCAAGCGAGGUGCACCACAUUUCGCAACCGUCUCAACAACGAUAACAAUAUAAAUUCAACAUUCGCAACAUCAUUGAGAGCAAAUUGUCCUACAAGUGGGGGCGAUAAUAAUCUAGCACCACUAGAUGCUUCACCUGCAUCUUUCGACAACAGGUAUUUCAACGAUUUACAGAUCCAAAGAGGGUUAUUGCAUUCAGACCAAGAAUUAUUCAAUGGGGGUUCGACUGAUGCACAAGUAAGGASCUAUGRUUCAAAUCYGRCCACUUUCUCUMRRGACUUUGCAAGCGCAAUGGUGAAGAUGGCCAACCUUAGCCCUCUAACGGGCUCCAACGGUCAAGUUAGGACCAAUUGUAGAAGAACCAACUAAUUAACGUCAUAUCUCUUUCAAUUGGGAAAUAAUCGAUUAUCUUUUUGAGUUCUUGUGUUGUUGAUGGUUUUCUUUUCUAAUGGCUGUUAUCAAAGUCGAAGUUGUUAUACGUGGAGAGAUUGUUUUAUUGUAAAAGAGACAAUUUGC